AUAGUUGACAAAUAUUUCCCAAGUUCUCUAAAAUUUUGCUUCACUCUUCAAUUUUAUACAAUUUGAUUGUGAAAUUAGCAGUUUAAAUACUUUAAAGAUGGUGGACAGAUAUUAUGGUAGUUAUGAAGCCAUUUCAAUACAGUCAGUUGACACAGUCUCUCAAAAGACGAUCAGCACCGACUCGCAUACGCCAAACAUUCAUAUAACCCGCAACAUGGUGCACGAUCUGCACUGUCUGAGGAAGAAUAAAGAUGCGAGUACGCACUCGAUAAUUUCUCCACUGUUGAAUGCACCAACUCCGCCAGUUUCCGAGGCUGGCGAAGUUGAGAUGAUGUCCGAAGAGACUGUGAAUUUCGAACAGACGGAAGACUCGCUGCCCAAUUGCAAGCAUCAAGUGAUGAUCAUAUUCGAGGGAGGCGACAUCAAUUGUGCUCUUUUCUUUCUGAUCAAAUCGAUGGAGAAUCCAUUCGCAUGCAAUGCGGUGGCAACAGUGCUCGUUGAGAAAUCGCUUCUCAAUGAAUUUGUGUCGCGUGUCAAGCUAGGAAUGCGACCCAUGUUGCUGAACGAGCCGAAGGUAUCGAAAUUUCGCAACACUCUCGAUGCACUCGAGAAGCUUAACAUCGAGACGAUACAUUGCAAGUGUCGAUAUCCCGAGAUGAGUCCCGUGUUGGUCUUUGAUUGCCAGCACGGAGAGUUGGGAGAGGGGACAACGGGUGUGAUUUGUGUGCGAACUUUUACUGCGAUCUCUGAGAUCGUUGACAUCUGCAUGAAGGAGAGUCUGCUCUUUGCCACCAGCUCGAUGUGGAAUGAAUCCGUUGAGCAGCUCUAUCAACUGGUUGUCGCCCUCAAUUGUCCCACCUUCUUUUUCAACUGCAGCGAUGUCAGUUUGCAUCCCAUACGUGAAGCUUUGGCUGCUAAGAAGAAUUCUGUUUGCAUUAGCGAUGGCUUUCACUACGAAACUCUUUUGAUUCAGGAUGAAAUUAAGAGUAUCAUAUUUCCAAUUGGGGCUCAUCUUUAUCAAUCGCAGCCGGAGAAAAGUGUCAUGAUUGCUCCCGUUUCCUUCUUGAAUGAAUGAGAAGCAAAAGAUGCUUCCUCGAUCGUCUCGAUCGCAGUAACGUGUCACAUUUUUGGGGUUUUUCGAACAACAAACGUUCGCGCGUUUAAUUGAUCUUUGUGGCGUUGCCAAAAAUAUAAAUUUUAAUCAAAAUUUCGCGGUUUAUUUUUGAACAAAUGUGAUAAGGCCUUUAAUGCUAAUUGACUUUGAUGAUGAUGCGAUCGAAUGUGCGAUCGAAAUGUAGAGAUCGAAUAUGAUGGCACCUGUCAGCGGCGGUAAUGCGAGUAAUAUGUAUAUAAUUUAUAUUCUUUUGUCUUUUUCAUUCCGCUGCUAUGGGGAACACUUAAUGACUGUGUGUUAUGUAAAUAUGAGUGGUUAUCGAACGGGUUACGCUUCAUGACUAAGAAAGCAGCUUGUGUUUUGGUAUAGGGUAUGAAUUUUAUUGCAAUUUCAAAGUUAUUUAAUUGGAAGUGAAAUCCAUUAAAA